CUCUCUUCCAUUGUGUCGGCGACUGCCACGCUGUUCGAGUCGUCUAGUCUCCGCAUCCGCAGCCGUAGCGUGUCGCGUAUUUUAACCUGAUCCAAGAAAGAGAAAAACAUGGCGCCCGAAGGUAGACUGCAAAUCUGUCCGACUAAUCACCUAUAAACGCCAACCACGGUUGUAUUAAGAAGAAGCAAAGCCCAUUAGAAUGAUAGUCGUGUCAACACCAUACCAGAUAUCCACCAGUAUUAUUAUCAACCGUAUAGCCUGAGGAGCGCGUGUGUUGGACCUCUCCUCCAUCAGUGGCUGUAUGGUAGAAUAUUAAAUUUAACUCAAUCCUCUGUACCACAGUGUUCGUGAUUUACUUAUUAUUUGAUAAACAAAUAGUCACUAUUCGGUAAUUAACAUGCAGCGGUAUAGUGCAUAGAAUGAAUGUUGAAUUAGAAGUCUUUGAAAUAGCCUAUUGUUGUGUCAUAUCCUCUAGUCGAGAAUACCAAAUGUAACGAACAAAAGAAAAAAAAUCGAUUUGCGGCAAAAGUGUGCACACAGCAAUAUGUAAAACUGCAGAGUGCGUGAUCUCUAGAACAGGUGGAAAGUCAACAUUCUGGGUUAACGACAUCGCCUUAGUAGGGCGCAGCUAAGACUUGGUUUAGCCCCAAACUGUCGGUUCAUGCUGCGGGCCACAAUGAACGCAGAUCGCAACAAGAGACAGUAUCGAUCCGGAAACAAUCUGUACAGCGAUGAUGAGCUGGAAUUAUCGUCGUCUCAGAUCCUGGAGAAGGUCAAGUCCGACCGUAUUCCCGCAACCAAACCGGACGAAGAUCGUCGCCGGCGAACGAUUAUCGUCGAAAAGAAGAACGGUUCCUACGGCUUCACGUUGCAAAGCUACGGGAUCCACUAUAAGAAGGAACAGGAGGUGGAAAUGAUAACCUACGUUGAUUAUGUGGAGUACGAUGGACCGGCCUACCGAGCAGGAAUGCGUGAAGGUGACGUGAUUUUGUCGAUCAACGGGUAUGACAUGGAAAAGGCCGAACACAAGACACUGGUAAACUUUAUCAAAAACUGUGAUAACCGGAUGCGAAUGGUGGUGCUGUUUGAGGAUUGCUGCAGAAAGGUUGAACUUCAUCUCAAGUACAUAGAACUCCAGGAACUGUUGAAAAGUAAAAUGAACGAUCUUGAAAGAAUCUGUCUUCGUGAACGAGAAUUGCUAGAGGGAAAAUGGAAAACGCAUAGCUUGCCAGCACGCAAGAAAACGACUGUUUCCAGUGAUGAUAUUGAUCCAGGUUCUACGACUGAUAUAGAAUCAGCGUCUGGUCCAUCAUUCUGUCGCCCGGCCGCUUCUACUGAAGACGUUAAAAAGUUACUACGACAGAAACCCUACAUCGUACCACCACCCACCCAAUUUAUGCUAGCGUACCAUUGUUUGGACAGCAAUUAUCGUUACGUAAUCCAUCCCUCAAACUCACCAAGUGGUAGCGGAAAUGCUGACUACUCAUCCGGUGCUGCCUCAUUCAAUACUAGUUGUGCUCAAUCGUCGGCCAAAUUGUGUAAGGAUCAUCAAUAUGUUAUCCGCGGUUCUUCCCUUGACAAUAGUAGUUUAGGAGGCAGAAGCACUGCCAACAACCAACAGCCAAAGUCUACUUCACCUACGAAAAGUCUUCACAACUACGAUACCAAAUCGACAAAGUCGGCUUCCCGUCGACACUUGCAUGGUCACUCGUGCAAUCCUUGCAUGGGCCAUUUCCUGCGAAGUGGGGAUAAAACUGGCAAGGCCGCUGAUAAGGACAACACCAGCUUGGAUGCAUACGAUCUUGCCAGUCCGUGCUGUGAUCCACAGUGUGUUCCCACUAGGCGAAAAUCAAAGCACCAUAAAGAUCAUCACCACAAGCACAAACAUCGUGGCAAGGAGACGAAGGAAGGUGGCAAAGAUCGCAUCCCUCGUCCCAAGUCGCAGCCUCACAUCUCGCCUCAAUCGCAGCCCAACUACCAGUAUCGCCAUAGCAAAGACAAGCAUGAGCACCAUCACGCCAAAGUGUACGAUCUAAACGCUAGUCUUACCAGUCAUUGUAGCCUUCAUUCAUGCACAUCUAGCGAGUUCAAUGCCGCAGCUGAGAAUUCGCCUGCAUCCUACAGCACUUCAAUCAGUUCCGAUACGCUUUACUGGGAACCGCACAGCGAAGCGACGCCGGCAUCCGCGGGAUCAGCCCACAAGAAGCCGCCGCCGACCAGUUCCGCUGGCCCUAGUCGGCCGCAUACUCACCAGCAUCAUUACUAUGUGCAGAAAUACGUGAACCCACACACUGGACAGAUUCAGCCAAUCGCGAUGUAUGCUGGACCUCCGGUGCACAAACCCAAAUCAUGGGACAACCUCGCAAUGAAAAGUUACGGCGGUUACGGGUACGGUUAUGGCUAUCUCGAGAUGGGUAAAGCAAACAUUCCAGCGCAGACUCGCACUCAGACCACUAUCACCAUCCAGCAUCGGAACUCGAUUCCGAAAAAGAACGGCUACGAACGAUAUUCGGCCUUUGUGGACGUUGAGAAUUACGCGCCACCACCGACACAGUUCCUACAGGAGACAACUACAACAACGACAACGAUCACCACGAAUUCGACGGAGAAUCUUUUAGGACCCUUUAACGUUUCCGACACUAGUUUAGCCUGCGAAUGCGUCGAGGGCCCAUCGGCAACAAACAGCACAGGGGCCAACAGUGCUGCUAGCACAAUGGAAAUUCUUCACGAUAAAUCUGGCUACUAUUCUAGUCUAGGAGGGGCAGGAACUGGUGGGAAAAAGCAAAUGGCCAAUUUAACCGAAAUCGCUCGACUAUAAUCAGCUUUCCAGCUAGAUAUAAAAAAUACAGGUGCUUUCUAGAAUGCUAGUUGCGUUUUUUUCGUGAGCUGGCGUGCGUUCUACGCAUUCGUUGUAAUAUUUUGUAUUCUCACCGGCGUUUAUCGUUUUUACGCCCUGCGAAGAAAAACAAAAACAUUAAACUUUAGAAACUAAAGUUUUCAGUUCGUUUCUCGUCUAAUAAUGUAAAAUGUUUAGUGUGCUUACUAAAUACAGUCGUAAUAUCGAACGAAAAUAUUCCAAAUUAAAAUUGUAAUCUAAUCAAUUCAGAAGCCAAAGUACCAAACGGAACCAUCAAAUCUAUACAGUUUUCCUAAAAGUAGGAAGUUGAGAAUAUUAUUUUCUUAUAAGUAACGAUGAAAUCCAAUACGUUAAUCAUUUAGGUAAUAGGAGAGCAAUUUCUGUAUUUGUAGUAUACUGAGGUAAUCGAACACAGUUCUGUUUCUCAGAGGUAAUCAGAUAAAGGCCAUAACAUAGAAUAGAUUCUGCUUGAUUACAACAACUUUGCAUGAUUCACUUGGACGCCCAAGCUACGUUACAUAGAAACCAUCGAUACCUAAACCAUGAUUCACAGGAUGAAAUCCGGAGAAGCAGUUUGUCUACAAUUUAUUGCAGCUUCCAGAAAAAAGGACUUCAACGAAAUAGAUAAGGAGAGAAAAAGACCCCACAUAAAUGUAAAUUUGUCAUAAUAAAACGCGUAGAUGAUAAA